CCCUGUUUCUCUCUCUCUCUCUCUCUCUCUCUCUCUGAGAAAAUGAUCUCCGAACUGAUCCAUAGAAGCCACAGUGCCCAAACCCCACAACCCAUUAACCUUAAUUCACCGAAAUCCUCUAACCCUCCCCAAAACUCGGCGAACCCAUUGCGGUACAUCCUCCGGGAGCAGCGACUCCUGUUUGUGCUCGUCGGAAUCGCCAUAGCCACUCUCUUCUUCAGCUUUCUCCCACCGCAUGGUCACCACCGGGUCAUCCAAUCAGAGCCGUCCAGGACUACUCGACGCGUGCUGUACGUGGAGCAGGGCAGCCAUUACCAUCCAGCGCUGGGCCUCGGGCACGUGAUCAAUGUGGGUGGGAGAGUGCCGCUGGGGCUGAAGAGGAAGACCCUGAGGGUUCUGGUUACUGGUGGGGCCGGCUUCGUCGGUAGCCACCUCGUGGACCGUCUGAUGGAGCGAGGGGACAGCGUGAUCGUCGUGGAUAACCUCUUCACGGGGAGGAAGGAGAAUCUGGUGCACCAUUUCGGAAACCCCAGGUUUGAGCUCAUCAGGCACGACGUCGUCGAGCCGAUUCUCUUGGAAGUUGACCAGAUCUACCACCUCGCUUGCCCCGCCUCGCCUGUUCAUUACAAGUACAAUCCGGUCAAGACCAUCAAGACCAAUGUGGUGGGGACACUUAACAUGCUAGGACUGGCAAAAAGGGUGGGUGCACGGUUUUUGCUUACCAGCACCAGUGAGGUGUACGGUGAUCCACUGCAGCACCCCCAGUCUGAGACCUACUGGGGCAAUGUCAAUCCCAUCGGAGUAAGGAGCUGUUAUGAUGAGGGGAAGCGGACGGCGGAGACGUUGAGCAUGGACUAUCACCGAGGCCUUGGCAUUGAGGUAAGAAUUGCUCGAAUUUUUAACACAUAUGGUCCACGUAUGUGCAUAGACGACGGUCGUGUUGUUAGCAAUUUCGUAGCUCAGGCGCUAAGGAAGGAGCCACUGACUGUUUAUGGUGAUGGGAAACAAACAAGGAGUUUCCAAUAUGUUUCCGACCUGGUGGAAGGCCUAAUGCGGCUGAUGGAAGGUGACCAUGUGGGUCCUUUCAAUCUUGGGAACCCUGGUGAAUUCACCAUGCUUGAACUUGCUCAGGUGGUACAAGAGACUAUUGAUCCCAAUGCAAAGAUAGAGUUCAGGCCCAACACAGAGGACGACCCACAUAAGAGAAAGCCAGACAUCACCAAGGCCAAAGAGCUUCUUGGGUGGCAGCCAACCAUAUCCCUUCGCAAGGGGCUUCCUCUCAUGGUUGAAGAUUUCCGACAACGUAUAUUCGGCGACCACAAAGACACAACUGUUUACAAAGCCAUAACGUCCGCAGCAUAAAUUUAUGCAUGUUGGGGGACAUUGAUUAUUGAUAAUGAAAUAUAAAAUAAAUUAAAGAGGAACCCUUUGAGCACCUAAAACUUUCCUCACUACUACAGUAAUAAAUACUGGCAGCAGCUGUUCACAAUUGCAAGGAAAAAAAAAGAUUAUUUAUUUUAUGAAAGUGGUAGAGCGAUCGAUCUUUUGUAUAUGUAGAGCAAUCUUCUUUGUCUGUUUAUAUAUAUAUAUUUGAAAUAUUUUGAAGUUGUCAGUA